AUGAACGCUCUUAAAUCCUCCGGCGCCAGCAACUGGGUCUACCAGAACCUGUUCAAGCGCAACUCGAGCUACUUCGCCCUCAUCCUCGUCGGCGCUGUUGUCGUCGAGUCUGGCAGGACGUGGAAUGAUUUCAAGAGGACGCAGCUCCCGAAGAUCCAGGCCAAGAAGGCCGCCGCGGCUGAGGAGGAGGAAUCGGACGAGUAA